UUCAGUGUCACCAGUCAAUCACGCAUCCCGGAUGCCCGGAUUGGUCCCGGAAAUGAAUAAUUAGGGUUGCACUCGUGUUUUCCCAAGUGUUUUGCCCCGAAAAUCGCUCCGUGUUAUGUUUUUCGGCCUUUUGUGCGCGUUUUUUGAGCAAUAGUCAGUUUUUCGCGUGUUUACAUUGUGAUAAUUCCGAGGCAAAAGGCAAAAUGGCCACGACUGAGCAGUUUUCGUUACGUUGGAACAAUUUCCAUUCUAACCUCACUGCGGGCUUCCAUGAGCUGCUCGAAUCCUCGGAAAUGGUCGAUGUCACGUUGGCUGUGGAAGGGCACUUUUUUCAGGCCCAUAAAGUCGUGCUUUCGAUAUGUAGCCCCUAUUUUAAGCAAAUGUUUAAAGUCAAUCCCUGCAAACACCCCAUCGUUAUCCUCAAGGACGUGGCUCAUGACAACAUGAAGGACAUCCUGGAGUUCAUGUACAUGGGGGAGGUGAACGUCCUGAGGGAGAAUCUCGCCACGUUUUUGCGCACGGCGGAGCUGCUCCAGGUCAAGGGAUUGACGGGAGAUGACUCGAGUGAGACUUCGUCUCGCAAAGACGACAAAUCGGAAUCAAUCGCCGAUAACGAAGAUGACCCCGACCUCUCCCAAUUUAAUCAUUUAAUCGACUCAGAUGUGGAGUUACCGCCUUAUACAACCCCUAGAGUUCCUACACCGCCGCCCUUAAAUGUGAAACGUCAAGCCAAAUCGUCAAUCCAAAACUCAAGUAGCAAACGAGCCAAAUCCGAGUCAUUGCCCAAUAAGCCGAUAAAAGUGGAAACUGAAGUCAAUACGCCUCAAAAUGACGAAAACGAUUUUUCCGAAAGUAAUCCUACUCUCAAGCCGGAAAAAAGUGUAACCGAACUGGACGAAGCCAAAGAUAACUUGAAACAGAUCUUAGAAAAUAAUUUUACAAGUGCUGCAAACACCGAUGCAAAUUUAAGCGAUCAAGAUGAGAAAUACUCGCCGGAGCAGAAAGUGUACGUUUACUGCCCGUACUGUUAUCGCAAGUUCGUCAAUCGCUAUAAUCUGAAGGUGCACAUCCGAGACAAGCACGAGGACAGCCCCAGCGACUUAGACUGUAGGGUUUGUGGUAAGGUAAUGCGAAAUAGGAGCUGUCUACGCGUACACAUGUACCACCAUCGCAAGCAGCAAUUGGAGGCCACGUGCGCCGUUCCAAUCAGUUAACAAUUUUUUAUUUUUGCUCAUUGUGCACAGCUCUAGGUUAGGGAUUUUUUUGUUGUGUUAUAUUUAUUUCAUAGGCUGUUACGUUCCAAAUUCGGGCGGGCGCAGGUUGGACGCGAUAACUACCUCGACUGAAACUAAAUUCGAGUAUUAACCAGUCUUUUGUAUUGGACAACCUGGCUAAAGUACUACAGGGUGAGUCUGUUUGAAAUAUAUUUUAACUUUUUCCCAAAAUUGAUUUUUUUCACUAUUCUUUAUAAUAAAUAUUGACUGAUUGUUUUUUUUCUGAAAUUGUUCGUAAAGUAGUACUCUUCAGUACUCAUAUGUCAUUGUACAAUUUUAAGAUAGUCUGUAAAGUGCGUGAUGCUGAUUUCAUUUUUAUUAGAAGUUCAAGAAGUUGCUUUUUAUAUAAAAUACACAACCUCAUCACUUUUUUUACAUUAUUUGAAAUAUAUUUUAACUUUUUCUCAAAAAUGAUUUUUUUCCGAUUUCUUUUUCACUAUUCUUUAUAAUAAAUACUGAUUGAUUUACUACGUUAAUACUGCUGAUGCUAAAAGGUUUUUUUCUAAAAUCGUCCAUAAAGUAGUACUCUUCAGUACUCAUAUGUCAUUGUACAAUUUUAAGAUAGUCUGUAAAGUGCGACUGCUGAUUUCAUUUUUAUUAGAAGUUCAAGAAAUUGCUUUUUAUAUAAAAAGAGACAACCUCAUCACUUUUUUACAAUAUUUGAAAUAUAUUUUAACUUUUUCUCAAAACUGAUUUUUUUCACUAUUCUUUAUAAUAAAUACUGAUUGAUUUACUACGUUAAUACUGCUGAUGCUAAAAGGUUUUUUUCUAAAAUCGUCCGUAAGGUAGUACUCUUCAGUACUCAUACGUCAUUGUACAAUUUUAAGAUAGUCUGUAAAGUGCGUGAUGCUGAUUUCAUUUUUAUUAGAAGUUUUAGAAAUUGCUUUUUAUAUAAAAAAAGACAAUCUCAUCACUUUUUUACAAUAUUUGAAAUAUAUUUUAACUUUUUCUCAAAAUUGAUUUUUUCCGAUUUUUUUUCACUAUUCUUUCUAAUAAAUACUGAUUGAGUUACUACGUUAAUACUGCUGAUGCUAAAAGGUUUUUUUCUGAAAUCGUCCGUAAAGUAGUACUCUUCAGUACUCUUAUGUCAUUGUACAAUUUUAAGAUAGUCUGUAAAGUGCGUGAUGCUGAUUUCAUUUUUAUUAGAAGUUCAAGAAAUUGCUUUUUAUAUAAAAAAGACAACCUCAUCACUUUUUUACAAUAUCUGAAAUAUAUUUUAACUUUUUCUCAAAAUUGAUUUUUUUCCGAUUUUUUUUCACUAUUCUUUAUAAUAAAUACUGAUUGAUUUGCUACGUUAAUACUGCUGAUGCUAAAAGGUUUUUUUCUGAAAUCGUCCGUAAAGUAGUACUCUUCAGUACUCUUAUGUCAUUGUACAAUUUUAAGAUAGUCUGUAAAGUGCGACUGCUGAUUUCAUUUUUAUUAGAAGUUUUAGAAAUUGCUUUUCAUAUAAAAAGAGACAACCUCAUCACUUUUUUACAAUAUUUGAAAUAUAUUUUAACUUUUUCUCAAAAUUGAUUUUUCCGAUUUUUUUCACUAUUCUUUAUAAUAAAUACUGAUUGAUUUACUACGUUAAUACUGCUAAUGCUAAAAGGUUUUUUUCUGAAAUCGUCCGUAAAGUAGUACUCUUCAGUACUCUUAUAUCAUUGUACAAUUUUAAGAUAGUCUGUAAAGUGCGACUGCUGAUUUCAUUUUUAUUAGAAGUUUUAGAAAUUGCUUUUUAUAUAAAAAGAGACAAUCUCAUCACUUUUUUACAAUAUUUGAAAUAUAUUUUAACUUUUUCUCAAAAUUGAUUUUUCCGAUUUUUUUCACUAUUCUUUAUAAUAAAUACUGAUUGAUUUACUACGUUAAUACUGCUGAUGCUAAAAGGUUUUUUUCUAAAAUGGUUCGUAAAGUAGUACCUUUCAGUACUCAUACGUCAUUGUACAAUUUUAAGACAGUCUGCAAAGUGCGUGAUGCUGAUUUCAUUUUUAUUAGAAGUUUUAGAAAUUGCUUUUUAUAUAAAAAAAGACAACCUCAUCACUUUUUUACAAUAUUUGAAAUAUAUUUUAACUUUUUCUCAAAAUUGAUUUUUUCCGAUUUUUUUUCACUAUUCUUUCUAAUAAAUACUGAUUGAGUUACUACGUUAAUACUGCUGAUGCUAAAAGGUUUUUUUCUGAAAUCGUCCGUAAAGUAGUACUCUUCAGUACUCUUAUGUCAUUGUACAAUUUUAAGAUAGUCUGUAAAGUGCGUGAUGCUGAUUUCAUUUUUAUUAGAAGUUCAAGAAAUUGCUUUUUAUAUAAAAAAGACAACCUCAUCACUUUUUUACAAUAUCUGAAAUAUAUUUUAACUUUUUCUCAAAAUUGAUUUUUUUCCGAUUUUUUUUCACUAUUCUUUAUAAUAAAUACUGAUUGAUUUGCUACGUUAAUACUGCUGAUGCUAAAAGGUUUUUUUCUGAAAUCGUCCGUAAAGUAGUACUCUUCAGUACUCUUAUGUCAUUGUACAAUUUUAAGAUAGUCUGUAAAGUGCGACUGCUGAUUUCAUUUUUAUUAGAAGUUUUAGAAAUUGCUUUUCAUAUAAAAAGAGACAACCUCAUCACUUUUUUACAAUAUUUGAAAUAUAUUUUAACUUUUUCUCAAAAUUGAUUUUUCCGAUUUUUUUCACUAUUCUUUAUAAUAAAUACUGAUUGAUUUACUACGUUAAUACUGCUAAUGCUAAAAGGUUUUUUUCUGAAAUCGUCCGUAAAGUAGUACUCUUCAGUACUCUUAUAUCAUUGUACAAUUUUAAGAUAGUCUGUAAAGUGCGACUGCUGAUUUCAUUUUUAUUAGAAGUUUUAGAAAUUGCUUUUUAUAUAAAAAGAGACAAUCUCAUCACUUUUUUACAAUAUUUGAAAUAUAUUUUAACUUUUUCUCAAAAUUGAUUUUUCCGAUUUUUUUCACUAUUCUUUAUAAUAAAUACUGAUUGAUUUACUACGUUAAUACUGCUGAUGCUAAAAGGUUUUUUUCUAAAAUGGUUCGUAAAGUAGUACCUUUCAGUACUCAUACGUCAUUGUACAAUUUUAAGACAGUCUGCAAAGUGCGUGAUGCUGAUUUCAUUUUUAUUAGAAGUUAAGUUUUAGAAAUUGCUUUUUAUAUAAAAAGAGACAACCUCAUCACUUUUUUACAAUAUUUGAAAUGUAUUUUAACUUUUUCUCAAAAUUGAUUUUUUUCGAUUUUUUUUCACUAUUCUUUAUAAUAAAUACUGAUUGAUUUACUACGUUACUACUGCUAAUGCUAAAAGGUUUUUUUCUGAAAUCGUCCGUAAAGUAGUACUCUUCAGUACUCUUAUAUCAUUGUACAAUUUUAAGAUAGUCUGUAAAGUGCGACUGCUGAUUUCAUUUUUAUUAGAAGUUUUAGAAAUUGCUUUUUAUAUAAAAAAGGACAACCUCAUCAUUUUUUUACAAUAAAUACUACUAUUUACAAUAUUUACAGUGAAUAUUCCAAAUAGUGUAAUUUUGUUUGUUUUUUUUUAAUAUUUUUUUUUCAGUUAAUUUUUGAAAAAUUUUGGAAAUAUGUAAGACAGUUUGGCCAUUUUUCGACUUAUUUUUACGAAAUUUUGCUAAACAGAUGUGUCUCUGACGCAAAAUACAAAAAUAUGUCCAAAAAAGGCAAAGUAAUGUAAUUUUUGACACAAUUUAAUUGUUUAUUUUGUUGAAAGUCUUUAAAAAACGGACUUCCAAGCUUAAGAUUCUUAUUAAAUGUUCAAACUACACUAUUUUCGACCUAAUUUAAUGAUUUUUGAAAAAUUAACUCGAAAUUAUUGGCUGAAAGUAGUGAUUAAACGUUUGAAAAAUGCCAAUAAACUUUAAUUCUGAUCUAAUUUAUUGCUGUUUCAGUAAAUUUUUAUAUAAAGUUCUAUAAGAAUUUACUAAACAAUUGCGAAAAAAAGUUUUAUUCUUAAAAACAUUUUUAAAUGUAAAAAAUAAGUUUCGACCAAAUUUCGUGUUUUUUAGCUUAUCUUUGAACAAUAAUCUGUAUUAUUAUUUUUCUUUUAGUAAAUAGUAGACGAUCGAUUUUUAUUCAUUUUAGUGCCAGGUAGAUGAGUAAAAAACUGCAGAUAAAUUGGUAAAAACAGGCGCAAAAAUAAUGCUUUUACUCUAUGGUCGAAAAAUAUAACUUUUACUUGUGGCAUUUAUUCAUAAAAAGUAUCCCCCACUGAUUUAUUUUUUUUUAAUUUAUUUACUAUGUUGAAACUUUUUUUUAUUUCAAUAAUUAAUUUUUUUUGAACAUAUAUUUUUUUUAAUAUUUCAAUGCUUUCUUGAACCUUUCUGAAGCUUAAAGUAUUACAGUUGGGAAUUCAGCAUUACUGAUUUUUUUGCGGGAAAUUUAAUUUUAAUUUUUUUUCUUUUUUUUAUAUGGUAUUUCAAAUUUAAUUCUUUAUACGACUACCAAAAUUAAUCCGCAUUCUCGAUGCAGUUGGUUUUUUCAACAGAUUUAAUGUUUUUAUGAAAUGUUGUCUCUUUUAAAUAAAAAAAAUACGCCAUUUUUGUUGGUUCACAAAACGUGUCUUACAAAGUAAAUAAUUAAUAGUUGUUAUUAUUACAAAAAUAUGUACAAAACGUCGAUCAUAUUUUGUUUUUAAAUAAUGUAAGAAAAACAAUCAGCGAUUUAAUAUCAAUAAUGUAAUUGAAACUUAUCUAUUACUAAGAAUAGUUAAAAAAAAUCACCUGCACAAAGAAAAAAGUAAGUCUUUAAUGUCAGACGUUGGUUUUCAUUUUCGAUAUAAAAUUAAAUAUACUUUGAACAGACUGACCUUGUAAAUAAGGUGAACAAUAUUAUGAAACUGAGCGCUUUUUUCUUAAGCUAUUUACGAACAAAUUAAAAUACUUUUUAGCUUUUUUUAAAACUUGUAAUUGUGUAAAUUGUGUAACUUUUUUUUAAGUUGAUAUUGAAACAUUCAUCUUUUCCUUAGUUUUUUAAAUAAUUUUGUGACCAAUUGGCUUGGAUUAAAUUUCAGCUACGCUAAAGCGUUUUAGAAAUGUGAUAACUGAUAAGUAUGAAAUUUUUUUAGCCAAUAUUUAAUUCCAAAUUCUGGUUAAUCGAAAUUUUUUUUUCUUAUUUUAUUGUUUUUGUUCAAGGAUUUUUUUGGAAAACCAGAAACAAUUUGACUUUUGUGUCUUAGCACUAAUUAUUUUUUCGGAAAGUGAAUAGUUUACGUAAAAAAACGUUUGGUUCUAUACUUUUGUUCACUUUAACAUUCCAUUUCGCCUGCAUGUAUGAACCAAAUAUGAGUUUUUGUUUAUUUAUGAGUUGUGGUACCAUUUAAUGCUGCUCUUUGUUUUUUUUUCUUCUUUAAUUAUUAACGGUUUUGUUGUUAUGUUUUUGGAUAUAAGCAUUUACUUGUGAUAAAUUAAUUUUAAUAGCACAAUCACAUUGGGUUCUGAACAUUUGUAUGUGUGUGUAUGUCUGACAUUCCAUGUAUGUUGUUAAGAAACGGGACCAUUUUCUAAUAUUCUAACCAAUAUUAAUAAACAAAAAAGUUGACCUAGUUA